CAGCUGAUUAGUGCCGCUGGCCUCUCCAGAUGGGGAGCGCUGCCUGAGGGGGAGGCUGCCACCGCGCCAGGGGGAGGCCUCAGCGGAGCCACUCAGGGAGCCCCAGAUCUCAUCUGCACCUUACGGGCUGGCGAUGCCCAGAGAAUAGUCCACAAGAGCAUGCGUCACCUCUAGACACAUCCGCCAGCUACUUCUCCUCACAGUCGGCCUGACCUGUUGCUUAGGGACACGUCCCACUGCUUCUCCUGACGUCUGCCUGAUCAACAUCACUUCCUUAGAGAACAAGGAAGGAAGCAGACGCAAGAAAUCAUGCCACCGACAGCUGAACAGCGAUGAGUGGGUGACACUGAGUGGACGUCAAAGAGAAGCCCAAGAGAUUCGCCGCAGCGCCUGCAGUGCCAGCCCCCCAACUCCGUCUCGGCAGAGCCUGAAGCUGGGCUCCUCCUGGUGAAGUCGCCUUAGGCUUGACAUUGUCUGAGAUCUUCAGACUCUUGCACACUGGACGCCAUGGAGAACCACACAUUCAGCGUCCAGCAAAUCCAACCCAACGUGAUUUCUGUCCGCCUCUUCAAGCGCAAAGUGGGGGGCCUGGGGUUCCUGGUGAAGGAGCGGGUGAGCAAGCCCCCUGUGAUCAUCUCUGACCUGAUUCGAGGGGGCGCUGCAGAGCAGAGUGGCCUCAUCCAGGCCGGAGACAUCAUCCUGGCGGCCAACGGCCAGCCGUUGGUGGACCUGAGUUACGACAGUGCUCUGGAGGUGCUCAGGGGCAUAGCCUCUGAGACCCACGUGGUCCUCAUCCUGCGGGGCCCUGAGGGCUUCACCACGCACCUGGAGACCACCUUUACUGGGGACGGGACCCCCAAGACCAUUCGGGUAACACGGCCCCUGGGUCCCCCCACCACUGCCGUCGAUCUGUCACACCCGACAUCAGCCUGCAAAGAGCAGCCGCUGGCCGUGGACGGGGCCACCGGUCCUGGCAAUGGGCCGCAGCAUGCCCACGACAAUGGACAGGAAGCUGGCUCGCUGUCCCACACCAACGGCCUGGCUCCCAGGCCCCCAGGCCCAGACCCUGCCAAGAAGAAUGCUGGGGUCACCCCACAGGGCAGUGGGGAGCACAAUGACUUGCUCAAAGAGAUAGAGCCUGUGCUGAACCUUCUCACCAGCGGUGACAGAGGGAUGAAUGGAGGGGGACCGGCCAAGGCAGAGACAAAAGAUGCGGAAGUCCAGGCAGACAGAGAUCUGGACAGCAAGUCUCACAAACCUCUGCCCCUCGGCGUGGAGAAUGACCGAGUCUUCAAUGACCUGUGGGGGAAGGGAAACGUGCCUGUGGUCCUUAACAACCCGUAUUCAGAGAAGGAGCAGUCCCCUGCCUCGGGAAAACAGUCCCCCACAAAGAACGGCAGCCCCUCCAAGUGCCCCCGCUUCCUCAAGGUGAAGAACUGGGAGACUGACGUGGUUCUCACGGACACCCUCCACCUUAAGAGUACGCUGGAAACGGGAUGCAGCGAGCACAUUUGUAUGGGCUCCAUCAUGCAUGCUUCUCAGCAAGUACGAAGGCCUGAAGACAUCCGCACAAAAGAACAACUCUUCCCUCUCGCCAAAGAGUUUAUUGAUCAGUACUACUCAUCCAUUAAAAGAUUUGGCUCCAAAGCCCACAUGGAGAGGCUGGAAGAGGUGAACAAAGAGAUUGAAACCACCAGCACCUACCAACUCAAAGACACGGAGCUCAUCUACGGGGCCAAGCACGCCUGGAGGAAUGCCUCGCGCUGCGUUGGCAGGAUCCAGUGGUCCAAGCUGCAGGUGUUCGAUGCCCGUGACUGCACCACGGCUCAUGGGAUGUUCAACUACAUCUGCAACCACAUCAAGUAUGCCACCAACAAAGGGAACCUCAGGUCUGCCAUCACCAUAUUUCCGCAGAGGAUCGACAGCAAGCACGAUUUCCGAGUCUGGAACUCCCAGCUCAUCCGCUACGCUGGCUACAAGCAGCCGGACGGCUCCAUCCUGGGGGACCCAGCCAAUGUUCAGUUCACAGAGAUCUGCGUGCAGCAGGGCUGGAAGCCCCCGAGAGGUCGCUUCGACGUCCUGCCUCUCCUGCUCCAGGCCAACGGCAACGACCCCGAGCUUUUCCAGAUCCCUCCAGAGCUGGUGUUGGAAGUGCCCAUCCGGCACCCCAAGUUUGAAUGGUUCAAGGACCUGGGGCUGAAGUGGUACGGCCUCCCCGCUGUGUCCAACAUGCUUCUGGAGAUCGGUGGCCUGGAGUUCACCGCCUGUCCCUUCAGUGGCUGGUACAUGGGCACGGAGAUCGGCGUCCGUGACUACUGUGACAACUCUCGAUACAACAUCCUGGAGGAAGUGGCCAAGAAGAUGAACUUGGACAUGAAGAGGACGUCCUCCCUGUGGAAGGACCAGGCGCUGGUGGAGAUCAACAUCGCAGUCCUCUACAGUUUCCAGAGUGACAAAGUGACCAUCGUCGACCACCACUCGGCCACCGAGUCCUUCAUCAAGCACAUGGAGAAUGAAUACCGCUGCCGGGGGGGCUGUCCCGCAGAUUGGGUGUGGAUUGUGCCCCCCAUGUCUGGCAGCAUCACCCCUGUCUUCCACCAGGAGAUGCUCAACUACCGGCUCACCCCCUCCUUCGAAUACCAGCCUGACCCUUGGAACACCCACGUCUGGAAAGGCACCAACGGGACCCCCACAAAGCGGCGCGCCAUCGGCUUCAAGAAGCUGGCAGAAGCCGUCAAGUUCUCGGCCAAGCUGAUGGGGCAGGCAAUGGCCAAGAGGGUCAAGGCAACCAUCCUUUACGCCACAGAGACGGGCAAAUCGCAGGCCUACGCCAAAACCUUGUGUGAGAUCUUCAAACACGCCUUUGAUGCCAAGGUGAUGUCCAUGGAAGAAUACGACAUUGUGCACCUGGAACAUGAAACUCUGGUCCUGGUGGUCACCAGCACCUUCGGCAAUGGUGAUCCCCCAGAAAACGGGGAGAAGUUCGGCUGCGCUUUGAUGGAAAUGCGGCACCCCAACUCUGUGCACGAGGAAAGGAAGUACCCGGAACCCUUGCGUUUCUUUCCCCGUAAAGGGCCUCCCCUCCCCCGAGGUGACAGCGAAGUCUAUGGUCUGGCUGGAGCCUGUGACAGCCAGCGCAGGAGCUACAAGGUCAGGUUCAAUAGCGUUUCCUCCUAUUCCGACUCCCACAAACCAUCAGGCGACGGGCCGGACGUCAGAGACAACUUUGAGAGUGCCGGCCCCCUGGCCAAUGUGAGGUUCUCAGUGUUUGGCCUUGGCUCACGGGCAUACCCCCACUUCUGCGCCUUUGGACAUGCCGUGGACACCCUCCUGGAGGAGUUGGGAGGAGAGAGGAUCCUGAAGAUGAGGGAGGGGGACGAGCUCUGUGGGCAGGAGGAGGCUUUCAGGACCUGGGCCAAGAAGGUCUUCAAGGCAGCCUGUGAUGUGUUCUGUGUGGGAGAUGAUGUCAACAUAGAGAAGGCGAACAACUCCCUCAUCAGCAACGACCGCAGCUGGAAGAGGAACAAGUUCCGCCUCACCUAUGUGGCCGAAGCUCCGGAGCUCACACAAGGUCUAUCCAACGUCCACAAAAAGAGGGUCUCGGCCGCUCGCCUCCUCAGCCGUCAAAACCUGCAGAGCCCUAAAUCCAGCCGGUCAACCAUCUUCGUGCGUCUCCACACCAACGGGAACCAGGAGCUGCAGUACCAGCCUGGCGACCACCUGGGCGUCUUCCCUGGCAACCACGACGACCUCGUGAAUGCCCUGAUCGAGCGGCUGGAGGACGCACCCCCUGUCAACCAGCUGGUGAAGGUGGAGCUGCUGGAGGAGCGGAACACGGCUCUGGGAGUUAUCAGCAACUGGACGGAUGAGCACCGCCUCCCGCCCUGCACCAUCUUCCAGGCCUUCAAGUACUACCUGGACAUCACCACGCCACCCACGCCACUGCAGCUGCAGCAGUUUGCCUCCCUGGCCACCAGCGAGAAAGAGAAGCAGCGCCUGCUGGUCCUCAGCAAGGGCUUACAAGAGUACGAGGAAUGGAAGUGGGGCAAGAACCCCACCAUCGUGGAGGUGCUGGAGGAGUUCCGGUCCGUCCAGAUGCCAGCCACCCUGCUCCUGACCCAGCUGUCCCUUCUGCAGCCUCGUUACUACUCCAUCAGCUCCUCCCCAGACAUGUACCCUGACGAGGUGCACCUCACCGUGGCCAUCGUCUCCUACCGCACCCGAGAUGGAGAAGGACCAAUUCACCAUGGCGUGUGCUCCUCCUGGCUCAACCGGAUACAGUCUGAUGAAGUGGUCCCCUGUUUCGUGAGAGGAGCACCCAGCUUCCACCUGCCCCGAAAUCCCCAGGUGCCCUGCAUCCUGGUUGGGCCCGGCACCGGCAUUGCCCCUUUCCGAAGCUUCUGGCAGCAACGACAGUUUGAUAUCCAGCACAAAGGAAUGAGUCCCUGCCCCAUGAUCCUGGUCUUCGGGUGCCGGCAAUCCAAGAUAGACCACAUCUACAAGGAGGAGACCCUACAAGCCAGAAACAUGGGGGUCUUCAGAGAACUAUACACGGCCUACUCCCGGGAGCCAGACAAACCAAAGAAGUACGUGCAGGACAUCCUGCAGGAGAAGCUGGCGGAGCCCGUGUACCGAGCCCUAAAGGAGCAAGGGGGCCACAUCUAUGUCUGUGGGGACGUCACCAUGGCCGCCGACGUCCUCAAAGCCAUACAGCGCAUCAUGACCCAGCAGGGGAAGCUCUCGGUGGAGGACGCCGGCGUGUUCAUCAGCCGGCUGAGGGAUGACAACCGUUACCAUGAAGAUAUUUUCGGGGUCACCCUGCGAACGUAUGAAGUGACCAACCGCCUUAGAUCUGAAUCCAUUGCCUUCAUUGAGGAGAGCAAAAAGGACACCGAUGAGGUUUUUAGCUCCUAACUGGAUCCUCUCGCCCAGACCGAUGGCAGGGGGGCCGCCCCGUGCGCUCCGGCGGGGGUGGCGGCAGGUUUUGUAAGCGCGAACACUGCUGAACCGUCCCCACGGGACCCCACGUGGCCCCCUGCUCUGCCUCUCAUCCUGUCGCCAUGUCCUGGUGUUCUUCUGGGUCCUCGCCUCUCAGUGUUUCCUUGGCCUUCCUUGGGUUUUCUCCUUGAGUUUUCCUGCUGCAAUGCAAUGCCUUUAUAAUCCACAGUGGCUCUUACAAAACUGUCCCCCUGCCCCCUCUUCCUGACAAGGACAAAUCGGCGGUGCAUGAAGGCACUAGAACACGCACGUCCCCGGAGGCAGGGCUUGUGUCCUGGGGCCCCCCAGAACAGGCGGAGGGACCUCCCCGGAGAGCGCUCUGAACCAGUCUCCCAGCCGCUGAAGCCCCGCCUCACCCUUUUACGUGAUGACGUUCUGAUCACGUGUGUGGGUGCACAUGGCGGGCCUGGGUGGCGCAGUCCGUCCUCUUGCCUGCGCGAAUGUGUUGCCUGCAGACCGCGGAUGCCAAGAACCGUGCUCCUGCCUGUGUGGGUGGCCCCCACGUCUGCGCCUGUGUCCCUGGAACACAUGGAAGCCCCCUAAUGGUCCUGGUUAUAAAGGAUCAGGGUACAGAGAGAGGCAUGUGCUUUUCAAGGGGGAAAAUCUCCGAGGAAAGGGGAAUCAGAGAACUAGAUGCGUGUAGAUUCCGGCACCAGGUAGAGGAGCCCUCGCUGGGAAAUGAACCCAUCUCUUGGGUUAGGUAGCCCGGCCCUCACGGGGCAUCCCAACCGCGAGGCCAGAUGGAAUGUUGUCCAAGGGAACACGCUGGGAAUAAGAAUCUUCUCGUUUUUGCCACGCAGUGACUUAGGGCAAGCAACUGGUCCUCAGUUUCUGCUCACUUUAAUGCUAUAAAACUAAAGCGUAUGAAUGGAUCAAACGUUAACGUCUGAAGACAAGAGACAGUAUCAAGGAAGAAUGUCAUCGUUUUGUUUUCAUUCCUCCCAGUGGGACUUGCUAUUUCAGGCUCAGGGAUAGAAUUAGGG